AUGGACCUUGAAGUUCAAGGUAUCCUGGACCGUUUCCGAACGCUUCCGAACUCGAGUCGUCGAGAUGUCUACCAUGGAAUCUUGGACCAGCUACGUCGUGAUGAAUGGCGGGGGGUAAAAGAACGUGCCGAUCAAACGUCUUUCGAAUGCGACAUAUUAGGCAAUCUGCCUAUCGAGAUCGCUGUGCUUGUUACUACUCACAUGAAUCUAGCUGAUCUGCUCAUUCUCCAACGGGUGUCAAGACGAUGGCAGGAAGUUUUAUCUUCACCUAUAGUACAGUGGGCUGCUGUUCGAGCAGCCACGGGUCAAGACUCAGCAGCGCAGAACUUUGACCGUUCUUCUCCCGCAAAACUUCUCAAAAAGAGACUUCGCAUGGAACGAGGUCAACCUACAUCAACGUUCAAGCUACGCUCACCCUUUUCUAUUGAAUACGACGUAUUGAUGCUCUCUGGCGGUGUCGGGUAUUUCAAGAAUAUCUAUGCAUGGCUGGAUGGUAGGGAUGGUCGAACGUCUGUCUGUAUUUUGAAUCUCCGAUCCGGAAAGAUGGAUCGGGUAACGACGGAGAAUCGGGAGCUGCUCUCAGAGCUUAACAUCUCAGAGAAGCUCGUUGCGGUGAUUUCGAGACAAGGGUACUGCCAUGUUUGGGAUAUAGAAACCCUAGAACACAAGGCUUUCCGGCUGGCUUCGCUUGCCUACCAUCAUUUCUUGAUAAGCGGAACUAAGGUUUUGCUGGCGUUCUUGAAUUAUGUUGUCCACUGGAGCUUUGACUCUGGAAUUGCUCGCACAACCAAUGUCGGUCCAGACGUCGCUUUGUUGGCAUUGGACCCUCUCGAAGACCAGUUCACGGUUGCGUCUCUUUGCAAGAUCCACGAGGACCUGCUCCCGAAUUUCUCCAUUAUUGGUGGCCGGGCCGAUCAAUUACAGUUACGCAUCGAGAAAUACGCCAUCGGCAGUGUCGACAAUUUCAACUCCGUGCUCAAAAAAUACCAGAAGCUUCCCUUUGAAAACGACUACGAGUGGAUCAAGCCAGCGUCUUAUAGUCAGCACAUAGAUCACGGCCAGAGCAGUACUCUCUGGGAAAGAUACUUUUUUUCUCUUUUGGAAAGAUCCUUUUUAUCGUCAUCAGAAAGUGCUGUCGCAACAGGUUUUCCAGAUGAGGACCCGGGUCUGUUCAGAGAUACGUUAUUAACUGGACUCAAUCCGGUCGGAUCUAUAGUCUACUUCACACUUGACACGACCAGAGACCAAGUCGACGUGCACAUUGUGGCUGACGUUCCCAAGACAUCGGACAUAGCUUUUCUGGACCAGAACCUGAUCUAUACACCCGGCCGGAACAAGAAGUUGCAGAUCUUGGGUCCUCGAAUCAGCACGGCAACGUCUCACGGGAUCCGGUAUGAUCAUACAGUCCAGCGCUCGUUACCAAAUGUACCUUGUGAAUGGAUUUAUGGGGAUAAAGAAUUUGUGGUCCUCGUCAACAUGGAGGACGUUGAGAUCUGGAACUUUGACGAGGACUGGAAACCUGCCGAGAUAUACCAGACUUAG